ACUUAAUCAUGAACAUACACUUUUCAACCCGAACUCGAAAUGACCCGAACCCAAUAAAAACCCAAACUUAAAAUGGCUGAAACCGAACUGACCCACCUAUUUGCCAAUUACCGUCUUUUUAGACAGUUGCCAUUGCACAGGUAGCGGGCUCAGCCUUCAGGUGAAAAUGGCGCCGGUCGUUCCAUUCCACCUUUAUCCCUCUUCGAUCUACAAACCGUCGAUGCUAUUAUCGGGGUUUCGUCACUCCCUGCGGCGUUUCUCCACCGUCAAGCCAAAUUUCCGCACCGCUCGCCUCCGCAAUUUGUCCCACACUCCGUCGCUCUGCUCCUUCUCGCCUGAGGCGGUCCCGGAGGAUUUGGUGACUUCUGAAUCGAGUUCUUCCAUUGUUGGGGACUUUCUGGAUUACCUCAAUGAGUCAUGGACACAGUUCCACGCAACAGCGGAAGCAAAACGACAAUUGAUUGCUGCUGGGUUCCAUUUGCUGAAUGAGAAUGAGGAAUGGGACCUCAAGCCCGGUGGGCGAUACUUCUUCACUCGGAAUAUGUCUUCAUUGGUUGCCUUUGCCAUUGGGAAAAAGCAUUCAGUUGGGAACGGAUUUCAUAUAAUUGCAGCUCAUACAGAUAGCCCAUGUAUGAAGCUGAAGCCAAUAUCUGCAUCACACAAAUCUGGCUACCUUAUGGUCAAUGUGCAAACAUAUGGUGGAGGUUUAUGGCAUACUUGGUUUGAUAGAGAUCUUACUGUAGCUGGGAGGGUCAUUUUAAGAGCAGAGGAUGGUUCCUUCCUGCAUAGGCUUGUCAAAGUGAAGAGACCUCUCUUGCGAGUACCAACUUUAGCUAUUCAUCUAAACCGCAAUGUGAAUCAGGAUGGAUUUAAGCCAAAUCUUGAGACUCACCUUGUGCCACUGUUGGCAACAAAGUCCGAGAACAUUUCCAAUGAGACUGCAGAGAAAAUGAAUGCACCAUCCUCAAAAGAUGUGCACCAUCAACUACUUCUGCAGAUCUUGUCUGAUGAAUUGGGCUGUAAGGUUGGUGAUAUAGCCAGUAUUGAGUUAAAUAUUUGUGAUACCCAUCCUAGCUGCCUCGGAGGUGCAAAUAAUGAAUUCAUAUUUUCUGGAAGAUUGGAUAAUCUUGCAUCAAGUUUUUGCUCAUUAAGAGCUCUUGUAGAUUCUUGCUCUUCUCCUGAGGAUUUGGUGAAUGAGCAUGCAAUCCGAAUGAUAGCUCUUUUCGAUAAUGAAGAGGUUGGAUCAGAUUCAUAUCAAGGAGCUGGAGCACCAACUUUGUUCGAGGCCUUGAGAAGAAUAACUGAUUGCUUAGGUCAUCAAUCUGUUGGGGAAUCUGUUUUUGCACGUUCAAUCCGCCACUCCUUUCUUGUGUCUGCUGACAUGGCUCAUGGAGUUCAUCCGAAUUUCACUGACAAGCAUGAAGAGCACCACCACCCAAAGUUACAGAAAGGGCUCGUUAUCAAACAUAAUGCAAAUCAGCGCUAUGCAACAAGUGGAGUUACAUCCAUUCUUUUCAAAGAAGUUGCAAGAAUCCACAACCUUCCCACUCAGGAUUUCGUGGCUAGAAAUGACAUGGGAUGUGGAUCAACAAUUGGUCCCAUACUUGCUUCAAGGGUUGGUAUUCGCACCGUUGAUUGUGGCAUUGCUCAGCUAUCCAUGCACAGUGUCCGAGAGAUAUGUGGGAAAGAAGAUAUUGAUAUUGCCUACAAACACUUUAAGGCGUUCUAUCAGACAUUCUCAAGCAUAGACAAAAAACUGAAUGUCGAUUUAUGAACCCGUGAUAACUAACACGGCCACAGACAGUUAUGGAGGGUCAGUCCACACAUCACCUUUUGCAUUAUCUUUGUUUUCGUAAUAUAUUUCAUUUUAUUUUUAAAUUCAGUCUUUUUUGGAAUCGAGUCUGGGGGUCUUAGAUUUCGUUCACAGAAUUACUUGCUGGUGUAUUUCUUUUCUGAUUGGAUAAAAGGAUAUCCCUAUU